AAUCCACAUUCCAAACCCACCGCGUCACGUAAAAAAUACCGACUAAAUAAACGGAAGUCCAAAAGCAGUUGGUCGCCUCUCCACCGCCGCGUUGGACUUCUCCCCCUCUUCCCUCGCCGGAGAACCCGCCACAGCCACAGCCGUCGCUUCGUCUGGAGGAGGAGUACAGCAGUAGGAAGGAGGCCAUGGCGGGAAGAUACGACCGCAACCCCUUUGAGGAGGACGACGUCAACCCCUUCGCGGGGGGAAGUGUACCUCCUGCUUCUAAUUCCCGGAUGCCUCCUCUUCCUCAUGAACCUGCUGGCUUCUAUAAUGAUCGUGGUGCUACAGUGGACAUACCUCUAGAUUCAACUAAGGACCUAAAGCAAAAGGAGAAAGAACUGCAGUCGAAGGAGGCUGAUCUUAACAAAAGGGAAAGAGAAUUGAAAAGAAGGGAAGAAGCUGCAGCCAGAGCUGGUAUUGUCAUUGAAAAGAAAAACUGGCCGCCAUUUAUGCCCAUCAUUCAUCAUGACAUUUCAAAUGAGAUACCGAUCCAUCUACAAAGGAUGCAGUACCUUGCAUUUUGUUCAUUGCUGGGUUUGACAGUGUGUCUCUUUUGGAACGUCAUUGCAACUGCAGCAGCAUGGAUUAAAGGGGCAGGUGUUAUGGUCUGGUUGCUAGCCAUUAUCUACUUCAUCUCUGGUGUCCCUGGGGCCUAUGUGUUAUGGUACCGGCCGCUUUAUAAUGCGAUGAGGACUGAAAGCGCUUUGAAGUUUGGAUGGUUUUUUCUGUUGUACUCGAUCCAUAUAAUAUUCUGCAUCUGGUCAGCUGUGUCUCCCCCAUUUCCCUUCAAAGGAAAAUCAUUUGCUGGAUUUUUGCCGGCAAUUGAUGUCAUAAGCAGCAAUGUCAUUGUUGGGAUAUUUUACUUUGUAGGAUUUGGGCUGUUCUGCCUCGAAUCACUACUCAGCAUUGUUGUAAUCCAGCAAGUAUACAUGUACUUCCGUGGGAGUGGCAAGGCUUCACAGAUGAGACAAGAAGCAGCGCGCGGUGCUAUGAGAUCAGCCUUUUGAUGGAGCGUCCUGGUUGAAUGGAAGAGAAUAGGAUUUGCCAAUCCGUCAUGGCGUCUUGUACAUCCCUACACAUAUCUGUGCAUCGCUGAGAAAAAUUAUAGCUAAGAUAUUCUUGCCUUAAUGUAAUAUAUACCAGUCUUUUAUGGAUGGAUAUCUCGACGGUGUUCCCUGCUUCAUUUCUUACCUAGGUCCAGAUGUGCUUAUAGGUAGCUUAAUCUUUUGGGAAUACACCGGCCUACCUGAUAUGUAUUUUUAGCAACUUCCAAGAUCACUUUCUGACGAGCUUGAUUGUUUAUUUUUGUGCAAUACCACUAUGGUUAAUGUA